AUGUCUUGGGCUGGCCCAAACGGCAAUAACAAUCCCUUCCCCCACCCACCCGGCGCCCAGACAUUCUGGAGUUGGGUUCACUCUCUUGACCCCAACAACCGUGCCGGAGCCGGUGUCGACCACUCUGCAGGCGGUCCCUGGGCGAACUUUCCCCACGGAUUCCCGUUUCACGGUGCUGAAUUUGGCCUCGGUAACGGCCCCAGUGGAUGGGGUGCAUACGGCGGCUGGGGUGAUGCCCGAAGAGGAGGACCUGGCCACCGUCGCGGUGGCGGCCGUUGCGGCAGCCGGGGUCGCCACGGUCGCCACGAGCACCGACAGGGUAUGAACGAGGGCGAUGAGACAGCAGAAGACAUCAUGCGCGACGUCGAUGACGCCGAGAUCUCGGACAAGGAAAAGGACGACUCCCCCGACACCAUGCGCGACAGCCCUGAUGAGGGCCUCCCAGAGCACAGUCAUCACCAUGGCCCAGGCCGACGUGGCCGUGGACGCUUCGGCCGCGGCGGUGAUCCCUGGCGACACAGCCGGCAUCACCACGGACCUCACGGGCACCGGGGCCCACCUCCUCCCCCACCUCCGCCGCCAUUCGGUGCCGGCCCGCCCCCGCCCCCACCAUACCCUCACCCUAACCCUCAGUCUCCGGCCUUUGACUUCUCCAACUUUCUGAAUCAAUUCGCCGGCCGACCCUUCGCUCAGAACAUCCGCGACUGGGCUACUCGCUUCGGUGGCAUCAACAACCCCGGCGGCGCCCGCGGUGGCCCCGACUUCACCGCUGCCGCCAGCGACGACUCCUCCUUCAACCCCCCCGUUGACAUUUUUGUUACCGAGAAGUCCUAUGUACUUCACUUUGCUCUUCCUGGAGCCAAAAAGGACGAUAUCGGUGUCGACUGGGAUGCCGACAAGAGUGAGCUCCGUGUUGCUGGUGUAGUCUACCGCCCUGGAGACGAGGACUUCCUGGCCACCAUGGCCUCAAGCGAGCGCAGGGUUGGCAUGUUCACCCGCUCCGUACCCCUCCCCCCCGCAGGCUCAGAGAGGGAGGAGGUUGACGCGCUGUCUAUCACAGCCAAGAUGGAAGAUGGUGUCCUCAUCGUCACCGUUCCCAAGCUCGAGAAGGAAUGGACUGAGAUCCAUAAGGUCGACAUCGAGUAA